CUCGGACGCGCGCGUCGACGACGACGCGGACGAUGACGACGGCGACGAUGAUCUCGACCGCGCGCGCGCCCGCGUCGGCGACGCGACGACGCGCGCGCGGCGUCGCGACGACGACGGCGACGCGACGCGCGGUGGCGACCGCGGCGGCGAACGAAAAGGCGAGCGUGAACGCGGCGACGGCUGAGCGCGACGCGACGACGACGAUGGAAGCGAAGAACUGGGAUCUUCCGCGCGCGCCGUACGAGGCCGGGAACGCACCGGCGAAUGGGACGUGGGCGCCGACGAAUCAAACGAUUAAAGAUUGGCGCUCGGUGUAUCGCAACACGACGCUGAGCGUCACGGGCGAGGGCGAACCGAAGGCGACGAUCGUCGGGGAGAUCCCGAAAGAGUUGAAAGGGACGCUGUUUCGCAAUGGACCGGGGUUGUUGGAGAUUUACGGGAAGAAGCUGAAUCAAUUCUUCGAUGGCGAUGGGUUGGUGUACGCGGCGGCGUUUGAGAAUGGCGACGUGAAAUUCAGGCACAAUUUUGUCGGCACAAAGGGAUUCACCGAAGAGCAAGCGGCGCAAAAGAUGAUUUACAAGGGCGCUUUCGCGAUUGGUAACCCCAAGGGUGAUUCGCUUUACAACCCUUUCGAUUUCGAUGUUAAGAACGUGGCUAACACUGGCGUCGUCAACUGGGGCGGCGAGACGUACGCGUUGUGGGAAGGUGGCAAACCGCACAAGAUGCGCUCGGAGGAUUUGAAGACUGUCGGCGAGGUUGAUGAAGUUCUCGGCACGAAGCUUCGUGUGCCGCAAAUGGCCGCGCACUACAGAAUUUGGGAAGGUGCAACCGAGGAAGAGAAACGCCUGAUCGGCUUUAGCAUCGAAAGCCAAGCGUCUUUUCCGCAAAACGUCAACCGCGCCGCGUUUUACGAGUGGGACUCCCAAGGCAAGGCGACGGCUGUGAAUAACUUUGACGUCCCGAACGCCACUUUUGGAUUCUUUCACGAUUGCCUCGUCACGGAGAACUGGUACUUUUUGUUCCAAAAUCCCACGAGUUUGAACCCGCAAAAGCUUCUCACCGAGUACAUGUUUGCCAAGUGCGCGUUGGCGGAGACGAUUUGCAUGGUGGAUGGAAAGAGCGCAAUUUUGCACUGCUUGCCUCGCACGGAGAAGGCGCGUAAGAUUGGACAAAAGGCCAUCGAGCUCAAACCGCAAUUCUUCUUUCACCACAUCAACGCAUUCGAGCGCGAGAACGGCGACGUCGUCUUGGACUCCUUGCCUUGGGUCUUUAUGGACUUUUCGAUGAAUCUCGACUCGGUGAAUCCGGCGUUUUUCAACGGUGGUUCCAGAGUCGAGUACACGCGAUUCGUUGUCAAUCCAGUGCGUGAGACGUGCAAGCAGACGGUAUUGAACAAUCGUGUUGGGGAAUUUCCGACGAUGAACAACAAGUUUGUUGGUCGUAAAUACACGCACGCUUACAGCGCGGGAACCAUCGUCAAGGAUGACGUCAAGUGGGGCCCGAAUCAGUGCUUGGUGAAACAUACCACGGACCCGAACAGCGAGGCGCCGGCGCAAGAGCAAGUUUGGUACUAUGGCGAACGGUGUUUUGUGCAGGAACCGAUCUUUGCGCCACGUCCUGGAGCGACAAAGGAAGACGAGGGAUGGAUUCUGCAAGUCGUGAACGACGCCGGCGCAGAGACGUCGACGCUCCACAUCUUCGACGCGUUGGACAUCACGAAGGGACCGGUUGCAAGCGUGCUGUUCGAGGGCGAGCACUUGCCGCCAGGACUCCACGGCAUGUGGGCGCAAGACGCUGUGUAUUAGGAUUUAGCAGUACACC